AUGGAGGAUCAAAAGCAGACUAGUUUCACCUUUGAGAUUGAUAACUUCUCCGAUAAGGAAGCUGUGAUAUCAUCACCAACAUUCUCAAGCGGCGGCUGCAAAUGGUAUGUUAAGGUUUACCCCAAAGGAGAUCUUGUUGAUGAUCACUUGUCACUGUACCUAUAUGUCGCGAAUCCUGAAUCAUUGAGACUUGGAUGGAAAAGGCGAGCUAGUUUUUCCUUCGCUCUGUUGAAUGAAUCAGGAAAAGAGCUCUUCAGAACAGUUGAACUGUCGUGCAUAUUGUUCUGCGCUCAGUUCUCAUCAUGGGGUCUUCCAAAGGCCUUGCCUCUUAAAAAGCUUCAAGAAAAAGGGUUUCUAGAGAAGAACAAACUGAGAGUUAAAGUGGAAGUAAAAGUAGUUGAAGUUGUUGAUCAAGGAGAUGUGACCGGGAAGGAGACGUAUGAUUAUAAUGGUUUCCAAGUUCUUUAUAUUAAGAUAUCAUCGUAUCACUAA